UCAGAAUGCGGGGAACCUUCAUGAGCAUUGGUAAAUCAUUGUUAGUAAGACAACAGUUGGAGGUGGAGAAAGCUCUGAAGGAGAAGAUGAUACAUUCUGUUAUGCCACCAAAGGUUGCUGACUGGCUUAUGAAAGAGACUCUAACUGAUGAUAAUGAAGACAAUAUGUAUCACCGAGAAGAUGGGGCUAUUUUGAAAAAGGUUUCAUCACCCCGGACAUCUCAUACCAGUGAUAUAACAACAAUUUUCAGGCCAUUCAAUAUGCAUGCUAUGGAUAAUGUUAGCAUCCUCUUUGCUGACAUAGUCGGAUUUACUAGAAUGAGUAGCAAUAAGACUGCUGAGCAGCUUGUAGGCCUACUCAAUGAUUUAUUUGGUCGUUUUGAUGAUUUGUGUAUGGCAAAUGAGUGUGAGAAAAUAAGCACGCUUGGUGACUGUUACUAUAGUGUGUGUGGUUGCCCAGAACCAAAACCAGAUCAUGCUCAGCGUUGUGUAAACAUGGGGCUAGACAUGAUUCAUGCCAUACAGGAGUUUGAUACAGAUACCAAUGAAGACGUGAAUAUGCGAGUUGGUGUACACACAGGAAAGGUUUUAUGUGGCAUUGUUGGCACUAAGAGAUUUAAGUUUGAUGUUUGGUCUAAUGAUGUUACGCUAGCCAAUCAAAUGGAAUCAACAGGGCGACCAGGGCAAGUUCAUGUAUCGGAGGCUACCCUCAAAUUUCUUCCGAAGAAUACUUACAUUGUACAAGACGGACCACCAGUUAAAGGGAAUAAUUCUGGAAAUAAAGGUUCAGCAGAACUUAAGACUUUCUUCAUACUUGGAUUCGAAAAGAAGGAAGAGGAGUUUGAUAUUUUGGGGAAAGGAAGUGACCCAUAUGAUAACCAUAAGCGUCAUCAUUCUAAGGAAAGUAAAAAGGCCUCAAGCCUUCCUAACAUACUAGAUUGUGGGUCAGGAGCAGAGGGAAAUGGUACCACAAAAACCAAACCUAGUGGCGAUGGAACAAAAAUUCGUCGAUCAUUAGCACCAGCCAUUGACCUUCCCAAACUCAGGCUGCCUAGGCUAUCCAGAAGCAGUGAUAAAGCCAAAGCAAAAACUACAUCUCUACCAAAGAUUGGUUGCAGGAAUGAAAUCAUAGUUAAUAAGUCUCAUGAAUGGAGUGAAGGUUGGAGCGGUGACAUCACUGACACUGAAGGAGUAUGUCAAGGUAGCGGCAACUUCCCUUCAAGUAUGACCCCAACCAUCACCUCCACCCCCACCACACUUCCCUCACCACAACCACCACCACCCACACCUCACACUCCCACAUCACCUGACCCACCUAAUACACCUGCAACUCCCCAGCUGCCCAGGGAAACUCUACAGAAUUCUUGGGGAAGUCUGUCUGGCAAGGACCCAAGAAAAGAUUCAGGAAUACGGAGCAGGAGGUCAAGCAUACAGGCUCAGGUAUAUUUGUUAUUUCUCUCUCUCUCUCUCUCUCUCUCUCUCUCUCUCUCUCUCUCUCUCUCUCUCUCUCUCUCUCUCUCUCUCUCUCUCUCUCUUAUUAUUAUAAGCAGUUAA